GCUCGCGGGGCCUGGGGCUGGGAGGAAGCGCAGAAUCCCCCUAAGAGGCUGCGGGGCGGCAAGGUCGAGGUUCAGGAGCAGCCGCGAAAGCUGCCCAAACGCAAGAUCGUGUUGCUCAUGGCCUACUCAGGGAAGGGCUACCACGGCAUGCAGAGGAAUGUGGGGUCCUCACAGUUCAAGACAAUCGAAGAUGACUUGGUAUCUGCCCUGGUCCGGGCAGGCUGCAUCCCUGAGAAUCAUGGCGAGGACAUGAGGAAGAUGUCCUUCCAGCGCUGCGUCCGCACAGACAGGGGUGUGUCUGCAGCAGGCCAGGUCGUGUCCCUGAAGGUGUGGCUGAUUGAGGAACUUCUGGACAAGAUCAACAGCCACCUUCCCUCCCACAUCCAGAUCCUGGUGUUGAAGAGGGUCACAAGCGGCUUCAACUCCAAGAUCAAAUGUGAUGCCAGGACCUACUUCUACAUGCUGCCCACCUUCGCCUUUGCGUACAAGGACCAGGACGUGCAGGAUGAGACGUACCGCCUGAGCGCCGAGACACUGCAGCAGGUCAACCGGCUGCUGGCCUGCUACAAGGGCACCCACAACUUCCACAACUUCACCUCACAGAAGGGGCCGCAUGAGCCCAGCGCACGGUGCUAUGUGCUGGAGAUGUACUGUGAGCCACCCUUUGAGCGCGAGGGCCUGGAGUUUGCUGUGAUCAAGGCCCCUAGCCCAGUGGAUGGCAGCGACAGGGACACAGACUGAGCCAUGGGGCUGCACACGCCUCUUAACCCCAGAGCCAAGGACUCUGGGCCUGCCUGUCGGCCGGCUGCACUACCUCAGGACCGCGCCAUCACAGCACACCUUGCCUUACUGUUGGUGCAUCUGUGCGUGCCCCUUGGUAGGUACGCACUAUUUUUUUAAAGAGAUUUUUUUUGUUUUGUUUU